AUGGCAGCCGCAGACCUCCGCGCCGAGUCGGACGCCCUGCUCCUGCAGCUGCUCCAGGACCUCGAGGAGCUCGAGGGGAAGCGGGCAGCCUUGAACGCCCGAGUGGAGGAGGGCUGGUUCUCUCUUUCCAAGGCUCGUUACACCAUGGGUGCCAAGUCCGUAGGACCUCUGCAGUAUGCCUCCAGUAUGGUGCCCCACUGUUGCGUCCGCACCCGUGACACGCAGGACGGACUUCAGAAGUUAUGGGUGGCGAGAGCCAUCGCCCAGAUCCCAGAGGAGUUGGGACCCCAUGAACCAGCUCUCCGAAGGCGCAAGGGCCUUCCCAAGACUCCAGAGCCAGAGCCCCCUGAAGCACCUGGAGACCCUCUGAACUGGUUUGGGAUCCUAGUUCCUCACAGUCUGCGACAGGCGCAAGCCAGCUUCAAAGAAGGCCUGCAGCUGGCUGGAGACAUAGCCAGCCUCCAGAUCCGCAUCGAUUGGCAUCAGAGCCGGUUCCGGGAACUCCAAAAGAAACUUAGACAGCUCGAGCCUGGGGCUGCCUGAACCUGCAUCUCUAAUCUGGGCAUUGAGCACAGCUGUUCUCAGACAUGGCUGCCCCAGACUGGGCCUUCUUCCUUUACAGAUUGCCCCUAAUCCACCUAAGAUCACUCUCUGCCCCUCCUUAAAAUGCCCCUGGCCUUUGUUUCCAACGUCCUUAGGCGUGAAAGUUUGAAGAGGCAAAUUGAGUAAUGCUGAAAACCCCAACUUUGAAAUCCUUUCUAGGUCCUGUAUUUUCCCAGGACACUCAGACGGGCCAGUACAAGAUUAUCUAUCGAUAUUGGUGAAGAAGGAAAAGCGGCCUCUUGAAUACAUUAGCUGUGGUUUAGGUGUUGGAGGAAACACUGUACAAUGCCAUGACAAGAAAGGUUACCUGGAUCCUCAAAACCGGCUUCCAGGAAAAUAACGUGACAGAUUAGGAUAAUAAGAUAAUAAAUAAAAGUCACCUGAGUAGAUGGGCAGCCCUUGAAGUAAAAAAUCGGAGAUUUUCAAGCGAACUCUAAGAAAAAACUUAAGUUUAAAAAAUCUGACGUGCUCACCAGGAGUGAGACCUGUGGAGUUGGAGGUUCAGCUACAGUUCAAGGGAAAACUGGGCUCAUCCUCUUUUCGUGUUCUUUUGAUGAGAACUCUGUCCAUGUCUCUGAUUCCAUUGUCUACUGGGCUGUUGAUCUUGUUGGCAAUUUCAAGAAGUUCUAUUUGUUUGGGAAGUUCUAUUUAUUUGUUAUAGUAUGUAAUAUAAAAUAAAAAUACUUUUCUCCAGUUUUUUAAACUGUG